AUGAAAUCCCUGAUCUCUUGGAUCUCUGUCCAGCAAGUCCUCUUGAUCUUCCUGUACCUGCUGGGUGUCCUGGGCAUAGUCUCCUUCCUACAGCUACAGAGCCAGUUCCCCCAACAGGGGCAGAAGAUCGCCUCUCCCAGUGACCCAUGGCAGCCCGCACCCACGGAGCAGGGUGUGUGGACCGUGAACUCCCUUGGGCGGCUGGGGAACCAGAUGGGGGAAUACGCCACCCUCUACGCCCUGGCCAAGAUGAACGGGCGCCAGGCCUACAUCCUCCCGGACAUGCACCAACAGCUGGCACUGCUCUUCCGCAUCAGCCUGCCCGUGAUCUCCAGAUUCAGGGCUUGGAGGAUCCCGUGGAAGGACUAUGAGCUCCACGACUGGAUGUCGGAGGAGUACAGGCACAUCGAAGGGAAAUACGUCCGGCUGACGGGCUACCCCUGCUCCUGGACCUUCUACCACCACCUCCGGCAGGAGAUCCUCCAGGAAUUCUCCUUCCACGACCACGUCAAGGAGGAGGCCAACCGGUACUUGGCCGGGCUGCGUGGGCAGCGCCGGAAUGUGACCUACGUGGGUGUCCACGUCCGGAGGGGGGACUACGUCCGGGUGAUGGACGAGCACUGGAAGGGGGUGGUGGCGGACAAGGCCUACCUGGAGAAGGCCAUGGGCUACUUCCGGGCCAAGUACCAGGAGCCGGUCUUUGUGGUCACCAGCAAUGGGAUGGAGUGGUGCCGGAAGAACAUCGACGCCUCGCGGGGAGACGUGUAUUUCUCGGGGGAUGGGAAGGAGUCCUCGCCGGGGAGGGACUUUGCUCUCUUGGCUCAUUGCAACCACACGAUCAUGACCAUCGGGACCUUCGGGAUCUGGGCCGGCUACCUGGCUGGGGGGGAGACCAUCUACUUGGCCAACUACACCCUCCCCGACUCCCCCUUCCUCGAGAUCUUCAAGCCUGCAGCUGCCUUCCUGCCCGAGUGGAUUGGGAUCGAUGCUGAUCUCUCCCCGCUGCGGAGUGGGACGCCUGGCUAAAGGAGCUCAUCCAGUGGCCACGGGCUGCAAACAGGAUCUACCCUGUCAUGGACACACCCACCGGGCGGGCUGUG